AUGGGGUCUCACAACGUUCGUCGGGAUAACAUCCCCAUUGCUGUGGUCGGCCUAGCCUGCCGACUUCCCGGCGAUGCCACCAGCGCGACAGAAUACUGGAACAUGUUGAAAGAGGGGAGAGAUGGCUACUCACCCGAGACAAACCGCUACAACACAUCAGCCUUCUACCACGCCAACCCCAAAGACAGGCAAAACGUGCUGCCGACCAAGGGUGGGCACUUCAUCAAAGAGGACCCCUACGCCUUCGACUCGUCUUUCUUCAAGUUCUCCGCCGCCGAGGCCGCCGUCCUCGACCCCAAGCAGCGCAUCCUGCUCGAGGUGACGUACGAGGCCCUCGAGAACGCCGGCCUGCCGCCGCCGCGCAUGGCCGGCACGCGGACCGCCUGCAUCAUCGGCACCGCGUGGAGCGACUACCGCGACGCCCUCGUGCGCGACUUCGAGCAGUGGCCGCGCCUGUAUUUGAUGGGCGUCAGCGACGAGAUGGUCAGCAACCGCCUGUCACACUUUUUCGACCUGCGCGGGCCGAGUUUGACGGUCGAGACGGCGUGUUCGUCUAGUUUGGUGGCUAUUCACCAGGCGUGCGAGAGUCUGCGGUCUGGCCAGGCAGAGAUGGCCGUCGCAGGCGGAAUCAACAUGAUCCUCGGCCCCGAGGCAACCAUGGAACUCAACAGUCUGGGCGUGCUCAACCCAGACGGCCGCUCCCUCUCCUUCGACGAGGGCGCCAACGGCUACGGCCGCGCCGAGGGCUGCGGCAUCGUCAUCCUCAAGCCGCUGGACCAGGCCGUCCGCGACGGCGACCACAUCCGAGCCGUGGUCCGCGGCAGCGGCGUCAACUCGGACGGCUGGACCAAGACCAUCUCCACGCCGUCUGCCUCGGCCCAGGCCGAGCUGAUCAAGCUGGUCUAUGAGUCCAACGGGCUCGACUACGACGCGACGCAGUACGUCGAGGCCCACGGGACCGGCACCAAAGUCGGAGACCCGAUCGAGCUGGGCGCGAUCCAUGAGACGAUUGGCCGCAAUGCGAGCGAGUCGAGAAAGCUGUACGUGGGCAGCGUGAAGGCGAAUAUUGGACAUCUUGAGCCUGCUGCCGGUGUGGCGGGCUUUAUUAAGGGCGUUUUGGCCCUGGAGCACGGCAAGAUCCCGCCCAACGUCCACUUUCACAAGGCCAAUCCGAGAAUUCCCUUUGAUAAGUGGAAUAUGGUGGUACCAACGUCACUGACCCCUUGGCCUGAGGCCGAGACAAAACGCAUGAGUGUCAGCAGUUUCGGCAUGGGCGGAACCAACGCCCACGUCGUCCUCGAGGAGUUCAAGAAGACACCAAAGCAACUGACGAAUGGGGUUCACAUCAAUGGUAAUGCGUCCUCUAAAGACGUCGUUGUUGAUAAGAAGAGACUCUUCGUUUUCAGCAGUCACGAUCAAGCUGGCAUCAAGCGCGUCUCAACCACGCUGGCGCAGCAUCUCGACAAGGUUCGGAGUGAAAACCCAACCUGGACACCCGAGAAGGGUGAGCCCGAGUACCUGGCCAACUUCGCGCACACACUCGCCACCGCGCGCUCCAGUCUGGGAUGGAAAGCCAGUUGCCUGGCAAGCAGCUUCUCACAACUGCAGUCCCAGCUGGCCGCCGCGCCUUCAGAGGACACCUGGAAGAUCUCCCGCGCCUCAUCCGAUCCGAAGCCGUUGCGCGUAGGCUUCGUCUUCACCGGCCAGGGCGCCCAAUGGGCCGGCAUGGGCAUCGAGCUCCUCUCGCGCCCCGUGUUCCGGGCCUCAGUCGCCCGGUCGGCCGCCAUCCUCGAGAGCCUCGGCUGCACCUGGGACCCUGUGGCCGAGUUGUCGAAGACGGGCAAGGGGUCCCGGCUCGGCCAGCCCGAGAUCAGCCAGCCCAUCUGCAGCGUCCUGCAGAUCGCCCUCGUUGACGAGAUCCGCUCGUGGGGCUCCCCGGUCCUCAGCAAGCCGGCCAAGGUCGUCGGCCACUCGAGCGGAGAGAUCGCGGCGGCUUACUGCAUGGGGGCUCUGACACACCGGGACGCGCUCGUUGUGGCAUACUCCCGCGGGACGACUUCGGCUCUACUGCCGACGGUUGCGCCCCAUCUCAACGGCGCCAUGAUGGCGGCGGGAUGCUCCCGCGAGACGGCCGAGGGCCUGAUCGAAAAGCUCGGACUGUCUGGACAGGUCGGCGUGGGGUGCGUCAACUCCCCGUCCAGCAUCACACUCUCGGGAGACUCGGCCGCGAUGGACACGAUAGCUGCUGCGUUGGACGAGCAAAAGACAUUUUGCCGGCGGCUCAAGGUCCAAGUGGCCUACCACUCGUCCCAUGUCGCGACCGUUUCCGGCGAAUACUACCAGGCCAUGGUCUCGGAGGGUGUCGAGCCCAUCGCUGUCAGCGCAGACGAGGGAGCUCCUCGUAUGAUCUCCAGUGUGCUGGGCGACGAGGUGUCCUCAGAGCAGUUGGGACCCUUCUACUGGCUGCAGAACUUCACCUCACCAGUAUUAUUCUCCGACGCCCUGAAGAGGCUGGUCCUGCCGGAGACCGAGACCGAGAACGAGAACGAGCCUGACAUCGACUUACUCGUCGAGAUCGGGCCCCACAGCACCCUGGGCGGGCCCAUCGAGCAGAUCCUCUCGCACCACGGCGUGAAGAGCGGCGCCGUGGCCUACCAGGCGGUCCUCCGCCGCGGCGCCGACGCCACCGAGACGAGCCUGAGGAUGGCUGAGCAGCUGUUCCACCUCGGUAUCCCGCUGGAUCUGGCCAAGGUCAACGGCGAUGAGUCGCCGGCGGUCGACCUGCUCACGGACCUGCCCCCGUACCCCUGGAUGCACGACAACAAGUACAAUGCUUACCCAAGGGUGCAGAGAGAGCGUUGGUUCCGAGACCAGCCCGCUAAGGGCCUUCUAGGUGCUCCGACGCCAGUGAUGCGGGAGAAGCAGCACGUCUGGCGCGGCUUCAUCCGUCUCGAUGACGAGCCGUGGCUGCGCGGGCACACCGUCGGCGACACGGUCGUCUUCCCCGCCGCCGGCAUGAUCAGCAUGGUACUCGAGGCGGCGCAGCAGCUGGCCGAGCCUGGAAAGGCAAUCCACGCCCUGCGCUUACGCGAUGUGUCUGUCAUGGCUGCAGUGUCGAUUUCCGAGGGUGUGGCCACAGAGGCGGUGGUAAACAUGACCCGUGCUGGGUCGGGCCAGGGACCUUGGUGGGAAUUCACCUUGUCAUCGGCCAACAACAACACCAACUCCAGCCAGCUGCGAGACAACUGCCGCGGUCUCAUCGCCAUCGACUACGCGGCCGCUAAGAGCGAGCACAUGGAGCGUGAGGAGGCUCACGUUGUCGCGCAGCGGGCGGCACAGUACCAAGAGGCCGUUACCGAGCUCCAUCAGACCGUUGCAAAGGACGACUUCUACUCGCAGAUCGCGCAGGGCACUGGCUUCAAGUACGGCGAGCUCUUCCAGGGUGUUGAAGACCUAUUUGUCGGGCCGGGCAAGACCCACUUCCGGCUCCGUGUCACGGACAUCGGCAAGACGUUCAGCCAGGGACAGGUGGGCCCGGACUCGGCCCAGAACCGGGACUCGCACCGCGGCACGCGACCGUUCCUUAUCCACGCGGCCACACUCGACGCCAUCUUCCAGUGCUGGGUCGGCGCCACAUACCGUGGCGGUGUGCUGGGCCUGAAGCCGUUCGCGCCUACGCGUCUCGGCGCGAUGGAGAUCAGGAUGGACGUGCCUGGUGCACCAGACGAUAUCAUGGCCGGCUUCAGCACCAACAAGCGCCACGGCUUCCAUGAGCAGACAAACGACAUGUUCCUUUUCGACCCGAAGCUCGACAAGAUGUACAUCGCGAUUGAAGACUUCCGCAUUUCGGAGCUCGACGUUGCCGGCGGCCAGGAUGAGCAAGACGGCAGCCCUGACACCGUUCUCGACGGGCCCGGCGCAUCCGUCACGGCCGAAGUACGAUGGGAUUACACCAUGAGUCUGCUGGAGGAGUCUGACGUCGCAAAGGCCGUCGCAGCACCCCAGACUCAGCCUGGGGAGGGCAUGGCCAGGCUGAUCACCAUGCUGCUCCACGAGAAGCCUUCAGCUGCGGUGAUCGAACUGGUGCAGGACCGCAAGGCUCUUGCCGAGGGCCAGUCCAUCGUGAACGGCGUCGUUGGCCAAUCGCUGCCGAAUGGCGCAGUGCCCCCCUCCAACAUUCGCUACGCGCUGGCGCAGGGUGACGGUGUCACCGAGACCGAAGCCGCUGCUACACUGGUCGGUGAGGCACUGCCGCUGGAUCAGGCCACCCAGGACGCUACAUCUGCUGAUAUGUUGGUCGUUUCGCCGCCUCUCUCCCAGAACCUGGUGGGUGAUGACAAUACCCUCUUAGAUUCUUUUGUCGGCCUGGCCAAGGCGGAUGCUACCCUCGUCCUCUCCUCGAAUAGUCGUCAGGCUCUCGCAGCAAACACGCUAUUCCUCCAGUCCAAGGGUUGGCGAGUCGUAUCAACACUUUUUACAGGUGAUGACAAUGCGGUUGUAGCCCUGUUCAGAUAUAGCCCGGACGCAGAUCUGCAGAACGGCGAGACAACAUCGGCUCACAACUUCGUCAUUGUCCUACCCUCCGAACCAUCGCCUGCCACUCAAGACUUCUCCAAGACGCUCGAAGACAAACUGAUUUCCCAGGGAGAGACCGUGGUGGUGAAGUUCUGGGAUCAAGUCGCUGGUUCUGCAUCAGGAGUGAACGACAGCGACUCAUCUUCUCCCGCCGCCGUCGUAUCUCUGUUGGAACUCGAGCAGCCCAUGCUAGCUGAUCUUUCUGAGAGUGACUUCCAGGCCCUUCAAAGUCUCAUCCUACAGAGCGAGCGAAUCCUCUGGGUGACCGGAGGCGGCGAUGACCCGUCCUUCUACGUCGUGGACGGCCUCGCACGAACCGUCGCCAACGAGAAGGCCAGCCUGCGGUUCCAGACACUCCAUCUCAGCAGCCCGUCUGCAGCAUGCGGACCGUCGCUCGCCGGCCGGAUCCUCGCCAGCGAUACUUCCGACAACGAGUUCCGCGAGGUACAAGGUUUGCUGCAGACGUCUCGCGUGUACAAGAGCGCGGUGGGUGAGCGGCGCAUCGCCCGCCACCUCAAGGACGCCACGCGCAUAGUGCCUCUGGCCCAGGAGAAGUCGCCCGUCCGCUUGGCCAUUGGCCGUCCUGGUCUACUAGACACGCUCCACUUUGUCAAGGACGAGCGGACACUCGAGCCGCUUGCCGACACAGACGUCGAGAUCAGCGUGCGCGCCUCAAGCAUCAACUUCAAGGACAUCAUGGGCGCCAUGGGCCUGGUCCCGGUGCCGAUGCUGGGCUUGGAAGCCAGCGGUAUCGUGACACGGACCGGUGCCGCGGUCAACAACGUCAAGGUCGGCGACCGUGUUGCCGCCCACGCGUACGGAAGCCACGCCACAGUUGUCAGAACACACCACGCCGUCGUCCACAAGCUGCCUGAGUCAAUCACCUUCGAACAAGGUGCCGCCAUCAACCUGGUGCACGUCACGGCGUACUACGCCCUUGUGCGUCUGGCCAAGCUGCGUAAGGGCCAGUCGGUCCUGAUCCACGCCGCGGCUGGCGGAGUCGGACAAGCCGCCAUCCAGCUCGCCAAGUACCUGGGCCUGGUCAUCUACGUGACCGUCGGUUCCGAGAGCAAGCGACAGCUCAUGCGGGAACGCUUCGAGAUCCCGGGGGAGCACAUUUUCCACUCUCGCGACCUGAGCUUCGUCAAGGGCGUCCAGCGCGUCACCGGUGGCCGCGGCGUCGACUGCAUCCUCAACUCACUCGCCGACGAGCUGCUUCGCGCCUCGUGGGAUUCCGGCUGCCUGGCGCCCUUCGGCACGUUUGUCGAGAUCGGUCUGCGCGAUAUCACCAACAACUCACCGCUCGACAUGCGGCCCUUUGUCAAGAACGCGACGUUUGCCUUCUGUGAUAUCCUCAACUACCCUGUUGAUGACCUUGGCAGUGUCCUCGGUGAGGUCUACGGCCUCGUCGAGCAAGGCUAUCUCUCGCCUGCCUAUCCGCUCAAGGCAUACCGCCCCAGCCAGGUCGAGGAAGUCUUCCGCGUCAUGCAGCAGGGCAAGCACACCGGCAAGGCCGUCAUCACCUUCAAUGCCGAGGAUGAUAACGAGGGAGCUCCCGUCUUCCAGCGCGCUGCCGAUCUGUUCCGUCUCGAUCCGGACGUUACCUACCUCCUGGUCGGCGGCAUGGGCGGCCUUGGCCGCAGUCUGGCGCGAAACCUCGCCGCCGCGGGCGCUCGCCAUAUUGCCUUCCUCUCACGCUCUGGUGAUGCCUCGGCCUCGGCCCAGACCUUGCUCAAUGAGCUGACCACGCGCUGGAAUGUCAAGGCCCGCGCAUACGCAGCAGACGCAGCCGAUGCAGCAUCCCUACAAGCAGCCAUGGCGGUAUGCGAGCGCGAGAUGCCGCCAGUCCGCGGCGUCGUUCAACUAGCCAUGGUGCUGCGCGACGUCGUUUUCGAGAAGAUGCAGCCCGCGCAGUGGACGCAGCCACUCCAACCCAAGGUGGCCGGAUCGCGCAACCUGCACGAGUACUUCGGCGCGGACCGCCCCCUCGACUUCUUCGUGCUGUGCUCAUCCGUAUCCGGUGUCGUCGGUAACCCGGGCCAGGCGGCAUACGCGGCUGGAAACACAUAUCAGGACGCGCUGGCAGCAUACCGCCGCAAGCGCGGACUCAAGGCCGUGGCCGUCGACCUGGGCGUCAUGCGCGACGUCGGCGUGCUGGCCGAAGGCAACACCGAGAGCGGUGUGCUGGGCCGCUGGGAGGAGGCCGUCGGCAUCCCGGAGCCCAUCUUCCACGCGCUCAUCAAGAGCGUCGUUCACGGCCAGAAACAGGAGCAGAACUCGGAAGAGGCUGUCCCUGCACAGGUAGUCACCGGCUUGGGCUCAGCCGACGUCUGGGCAGCCCACCGCCUCCCUCAGCCGUUCUACCUCUCGGACCCGCGCUUCAGCCCCAUGGCCAUAGCCACGUCAACCGGCUCGUCUUCUGAUAACAACGCCGAGGCCGCUGCCAUGGUGUCGAUCGCUUCGCAGCUCGCGAGCGUGUCGUCGAUGCAGCAGGCGGCCGAGAUCGUGACCGACGCGCUCUCGAAGCGGACGGCCGAGAUCCUGCAGAUGCCGGCGUCCGAGGUAGACCCCGCGCAGCCGCUGUACCGUUACGGCGUCGACUCAUUGACUGCCAUUGAAGUCCGUAACUGGAUCGCGCGAGAGCUCAAGGCGAACAUGGCGCUGCUGGAGAUCGUGUCGGCGGUGCCCAUCCGCGAGUUCGCGGCCAAGAUUGCUGAGAAGAGCCAGCUGGUCAAGAUUACGGAGUAG